AUGACAGUCGAAAAGCUCACCUCGGUCUUAGGAAUGUUUUUUCGCAUGGGACUUGUGGAUAUGCACAAUGUACGUGCCUACUGGGAACAUGGAAGCCGCUAUGAGCUGGUUGCACAGAUAAUGUCGCGCAGUCGAUUUGAGAAGAUUGCUGGUCACUUGCAUUUUGCUGACAGCGACGGUGCAACAGACGAAGUGAAAUACGACAAAUGCUGGAAGCUGCGACCAUGGCUCUCAGAACUGCAGGAAAACAUGCUAAAAAUACCUCAGGAAUGCAAGUCAUCCGUCGACGAAAUUUUGAUACCUUUUCGAGGAAGGUCGCCAAUUCGUCAGUACCUUCCACACAAGCCGAAGUGCAAGUGGGGCCUUAAGCUCUGGGCUCGUGCUUGCGAUUCUGGACUUUGUUACGACUUUGACGUUUACCAGGCAUGCAGCAAGGGAGUCUACGAAGAUCAAGAAGGAUAUCAGUUGGGUCUUGUCUGCGAGCUAACGCGGAGGGGUGUCUCGUACAUUGGAAGUGUAAGAGAGAACAGACUCCAGUCGUGCAAACUUAUGGAUCAGAAGGGAAUGAAGAUGCAAGGUCGUGGCGCGUGUGAUUCACGUGUCGCAUCAUGUGGUGACAAAAGCAUGAUAGCUGUAAAGUGGUUCGACAACAGAGCGGUCACCCUUCUUUCUAACUGCACUGGUGUGGAACCAGUCACCUCUGUAAAGAUGUAUGAUAAGAAAGAGAAGUCUCACAUCUCAGUUGAAUGUCCAGCAAUUGUACCUGAGUACCACAAAUUGAUGGAUGGCGUUGACUUGCUAGACAAGGUGUGCUACAGCUACAUGUUUUCCAUACGCUCCAAGCGGGGGUACAUGUACAUAUUUUGGCACAGUGUCAAAAUUGCUGCAGUGAAUGCGUGGUUUCUACACAAAUGUCACUCACUGCAGCACAGGGAAGGUUCAAUGCCACUGCGAGAUUUUCUCGCUGACCUUGCCACGAGCUUGGUUUUGUACAGGAAGCGUCCACCUGGCCGCCCUUCUCAAGAGAAUCUUCCCGUGGUGAAGCGGGCGUCACCAGAAGUUCCACGCGACGUAAGAGGGGAUGGUAGCCAUCAUUGGCUCAUUUGGAUGAACCGCCGCAACAGAUGCAAGUUGUGCACCGGAGGCUACAGCUACGUCGCUUGCUCUAAGUGCAAUGUUCUCUUGUGCAUAAACAAGGACCGGAAUUGUUUCGUUGGUUUCCAUCGAAGUUAG